AUGUCGCACCGAAAGUUCGAGGCUCCCCGCCACGGCUCUCUGGCUUUCUUGCCCAGAAAGCGUGCCGCCCGUCACCGUGGAAAGGUCAAGUCCUUCCCCAAGGAUGACCCCAAGAAGCCCGUCCACCUCACCGCCGCCAUGGGCUACAAGGCUGGCAUGACUACCAUUGUCAGAGAUUUGGACCGUCCCGGCGCGAAGUCGCACAAGAAGGAAGUUGUCGAGGCUGUCUCGAUCAUUGAUACGCCACCUAUGAUCGUUGUUGGUCUUGUUGGCUACAUCGAGACUCCCCGCGGUCUGCGAUCCCUCACCACCGUCUGGGCCGAGCACUUGAGCGAUGAGCUCAAGCGCCGCUUCUACAAGAACUGGUACAAGAGCAAGAAGAAGGCCUUCACCAAGUACGCCAAGCAGCACUCCGAGAGCAGCGGCUCCUCCAUCACCCGCGAGCUCGAGCGCAUGAAGAAAUACUGCAGCGUCAUCCGUGUCCUCGCCCACACCCAGAUCCGCAAGACCCCUCUCACGCAGAAGAAGGCCCACCUUAUGGAGAUCCAGGUCAACGGCGGUUCCGUCGCUGAUAAGGUCGCUUUCGGCCACGGUCUCUUCGAGAAGCCCUUCAGCAUCGACAGCGUCUUCGAGCAGGACGAGAUGAUCGAUGUCAUCGCCGUCACCAAGGGUCACGGAUACAACGGUGUCACCGCCAGAUGGGGAACCAAGAAGCUUCCGCGAAAGACGCACAAGGGUCUCCGAAAGGUCGCUUGUAUCGGUGCCUGGCAUCCUUCCCACGUCCAAUGGACUGUUGCCCGUGCUGGUCAGAUGGGUUACCACCACCGUACCUCGGUCAACCACAAGGUCUACCGUAUCGGUAAGGCUGGCGACGAGGGCAGUGCCUCCACCGAGCAGGAUGUCACCAAGAAGUCCAUCACUCCUCUGGGUGGCUUCGUCAGAUAUGGUGAGAUCAAGAACGACUUCGUCAUGGUCAAGGGCUCAAUCCCGGGUACCAAGAAGCGUGUCAUGACGCUGCGAAAGUCGAUGUUCACGCACACCUCGAGAAAGGCUCUGGAGAAGGUCGAGCUGAAAUGGAUCGACACCUCUUCCGAGUUUGGUCACGGUGCGUUCCAGACACCCGCCGAGAAGAAGCAAUUCCUGGGUACGCUCAAGAAGGAUCUCGUCCAGAGCUCGUAA